AUUGAAUUGAUUACAGCUCAACUGAAACAAACGUUAGAGACACGAAGAGAGUGUGAGAAUGAUACAAGAGAAGUUUUGUACAAAAAAGACAAACAUGCAUCCAUUAAAAUCAACCAACAACAGAAAACUCCACAACUACAUUUUCUAACAACACAAAGAAAGAACCUUUUGCUUUUUCACCGAAAACGAUUGAUUCAUUCCUCUCUCUCUCUCUCUAGCGUACUUCACAGCUAUGCAGCAGAGUGAGAUGGGUAAUCAAUGGCGGUUCUGAGAAUGGUUCACUCACACUCACAGUCUCAAAACAACAACAACAACAACAUCAGUGGGACCCAACACUUCCUCCAUGAUUUUCUCGGCAUGAAGCCAACUGAUACUUCCAUCGACGUUAGGUUACCGGAGGCAUCAGCAUCUGCCUCCUCCGCCGGUGCUCGUGGCCCUUUCUCCUCCACCUCCGAAACCGCUUCUGAAAAGCAGGUAUCGAAUCAUCUUGAGGGAGUUCCAUUCUAUGGCCCAAGAAGUGAUUUUUCUGGCACUGAGAUAAGUAACAGACUAGUGGGGAAUAAAAGAAGUAAUUCUGAUUCCUCAUUUAUGGGUUCCUCCAGAGAUGCCUUUCAAAUGGUCCCUGAUUCCUUUCAAAACUCACAUUUGAUGAAGGUCCUCCGAAAUGCAUCUGGGGGAGAGAGAUCCAGAAGGCCUAAUGAUGACGAAGUGUUACUUGGUAUGCAGUCAAUGAAGCCAUCUUCUAGUUCUCAGAUAUUUCAUGCUCCCGCCAACACGAAGAUCGAUGCGAAUAAAUGGGAACGGUCUAUUCUCAUGAAUGCUGGCCCUUCCAUGCAGCAUCCUCCGCGUGGAGGACAGUUGACUCCUUUUGCACACCAACUAGCUUCAAACAAGCUUAGGGAUACCAUUGUCGGCCCUUCAUUUAUCUCUCAGCCUGCCGCUGAUGAAGGAUCUAGAACUGGAAUCAAAGGCCCUGGAAUUUUAAGUUCCAUAAACACAGCUUCUACUGCUACUGAUAAAAUCUCAUCUGUAGUGCUGCUCGGUGGAAGCAGACCAAAACCUCUAACUAACAUAAUUGAAUCAUCCACGCCCCCAAGUAGUCAACAUGGGCUAACAGCUGCCAGCCGCCAGAUGACUAUCUUUUAUGGAGGUCAAGCUCAUGUUUUUGAUGAUGUCCACAAACAUAAGGCAGAUGUUAUAAUGGCUUUGGCUGGGUCAAAUGGUGGAUCUUGGUCGACAGCGUUCUCACCGAAAUCUACUGCAAAGCUGGUCAAUGAUAGUAACUUGCAUAGUGGAGAAAAUGAAACAGGGUUAGUGAGUAAUGUGGCAUUCCCAGAAGAGCUUCAUGGGAAGUUGUCUGCUGCUGGCAGUUCUAGCCGCGCCGUUGGACCUGUUGACCGUGUAUCUACUCCAACCGGGGCACAUCAAGGAAGUAUUUUUGCUAAAGAUACCAGAAAUUCGACGGUUCAAGCAGCAGAUCCCAGUUCCGAAGACAAAAGAGCGCAGUGACUAGAGUUUGAAGCUGAAAUGUUCAUACUCAAUGGGAGUCCCAAGAGCUUUCUCUUAUUUCCGAUUAUUUAUUGGGUAUCAUCCUCUUUUGUCAAAUUUUCUCAUGAUCUUUCAAGUCCUUAAAAAAAAAAAGAUUAUGUGGGAAACAAGAGUAGGAUGAUUGUGUAAGGAGGUCUAACAGAUACAUCAGCUAUAUUUAUGAAGUGUUACCGUAAAAAACAUCUUAUAUUGCAGUUUCUAGACCAGUCACCGUAUCAGGUUAAGCAGCUUCUUGAUAUGAAAAGAAUAACAAGUUUACAAGUAUUGGUCAA